UGACCAAACAAUGUAAAUAUUGUAAAUAGCCAAAUCAGUUCCAAAUAACAAUCCAACAGAAACGUACACGCGGUCGUCUUUUGUGUUGUCGUUUCAUCCAUAUCACGGCCAAAGAGCCCAUUUGUUCAAGUCCCCUGUUACCAAGGGACUUUGUCGUUUUCGCUGUUGCGAUACUGUUAUAGUGCGGUUCGACUAUUUUCUAAGUUGUCGGUUACCACGACACUUAGCCGUUUCGUUGUGGUGCGGUGGUGAUUCGAUUUAGAAUCUUAUUCUAAGUACCCCGUUACCAAGGCACUUAGGCAAUUCCGUGUCAAGUGUCUCAGUCCGACCUUAGUGAGAAGGUGGACGAGCGUACAACGGCCUCUGGUUGAAGAACUUGUGCACGCAAAGGGCUUGUGGCGACCCAAGCCCCCGGUCAGUGAUUCCGUGUUGUGUUACCGUACUUUUCCGCGCAUUUCGGUGGCUGCUACGGCAGCGAAGAAAGCCCUUCGAUACCUGGCAAAAUUCGCGCUCGAACAUUUUUUGGUCCUUCGAGCCGGAUCGAAGGCCAUACCGCGGUCGAAAAGUGCGUAAAAGUGUCGGUAAUAGACCAAAUUACUGACCACGUUGGUCAAUUGUGCGGUGCCAUUGUACAUUGGCACAAAAGCGCCAUCGCGCUUGGAGGCUGUACCAAGGCGGGUACACCUCAGGACAGUGAGUGGGAACAAACGAUUCGCGCGCGCGUGUGUCGCACGGUGAUAUAGCUAAUUAAUUAGCCCGUGCAAUCAAACUAUAGUGCGAAAAGCCCCACCGACGGUGGGUAAAAUUGUGUGUUAGUGCAAAAUCUUGGCGGAUACUACUCUGUGCUGUGUGGAGAAUAUUUCGUGGCCAUCUUGCGACUCGUGGUCAUCCAGGAAGGUGAUUGACCCCCACGAUUGCCAUCGUCAUCGAAGCCAUUUUCGACGCCACUGAAGUUACCCCGUUCCCCGCCGCUGCUGCACCAUACUCUUCGCGGUUAGUGGUGGUUCAUAAACUGCCACUGGGGUUGGAAGGACCAUCGAAGCAUCAAAACCCGGUGAGUUCUUUCCAUUUUCUAUGCAUGUGGCUUGCAGUAGCAUUUAAGAAAUUUAGUGAAAGAUAAUUCCAACCAAUUUGAAAUUUGUUUCAAUUGGUUGAUGAAAGUUGGGUGACUUUUUCGAUUUUUUCAAGUCAUUGUGGCAAUUGGUGGGAGACGGUGCGCAACUCAAGUGGAAUCCGUUCGCGCCCUUGAUUGCGUUCCGCGUAGGAUUGGGUUUGUUCGCGACGGGAAGGAGCAUUCGUUCGAUUAAACAUCCCUUUCCCGUCGAAAUUUUCGCCGCGAAGGCCAAUACACCGCGACGGGAAGGAUUUGAUCGUUCGAUAGUGUAUUUGCGCCUCGCCGGUUCGGUUUCGCGAAGAAACGAGUAGCUCGCGUCGGGAAGGAGAUUCGUAAUCGAGUUGCUACCGUUUCCGUACGUUUUCCGUUUGUGUGCUCGCCAACAAUGGCUCCGAAGGACGACAAAAUCCUUACGGACAAAUUGGUCCAGCGGCAGUCGUUAACCGCCAUUCGAGACGCUGUUGAGAAGUUCGUUAGAGACUUCGAAGCAGUGCGGGACAGGUGUCAAGUGCAAGUGAGAAUCGAGACCCUAGACCGAGUGAAUGUUGCCUUUUCGGAUGUGCAAGAUACCAUCGAACGGCUGGAUCCGGAGAAUCUGGAGGCACAUCUGACGGAAAGAGUGGAUUUCGAGCAUCGAUAUUGCGCAGCGAAGGGGUAUUUGCUGUCUAAACGCCCCACCGAUGCUGCCCCAGCACAGCUGAACUCGUCCUUCGUCGCACAACCAGCCCCCUUCCACCUCCGCUUACCGCAGAUCGACCUGCCACGUUUCAAUGGCGAUUUUUCACGUUGGUUGUCGUUUCGGGACACAUUCUCGUCCAUGGUCCACUCCAAUGCGGACAUACCAACAGUCGCCAAACUGCAAUAUCUGUUGCAGUCACUCGAAGGGGAAGCGAAGAAACCCUUCGAAUCCGUCGAAAUCGAAGCCGACAAUUACGCUUGCACUUGGGACGCUUUGCUCAAGAGAUACGACAACCGUCGGUUUCUCAAGCGUCAACUGUUCCGGGCACUCUACGAUUUGCCAACGGUGAAGCAGGAAUCUGCUAAACGCCUCCACAGCCUGGUCGACGAUUUCCAGCGCCAUGUACGGGCCCUGGCCAAACUCAACGAACCCGUGGAGCAUUGGGAUACGCCGUUGGUGAAUAUUAUGUCGUACAAGCUGGACCAAUCCACGUUACGAGCCUGGGAGGAGAAGACAAGUACGCAGGAUGAUGUCAAAUUCGACGAGCUGGUGGAGUUCCUCUACCAACGUGUGCGAGUGCUGAAUUCCGUCGGCUACGAGCAUCAUCAGCAGCCGGCACCGCCGUCAAAGGUGGCCGGGACCACCCCGAAGUCCGCCAAAAUCAAGUUCGCAGCCAGCGCCGCUGCAUCCUCCAAUACAACGCCAACAUGUCCCCUGUCGUGCCCCGACAAUCACGUUCUACGCAACUGUCCCAUCUUCCUUGGGAAGGAUGUACGCCUUCGCCGAGAGCUCGUAACGCAGAAGCGGUUGUGCUGGAAUUGUUUGGGCAGUGGGCAUCAAUCAAAGAAGUGUUCGUCGAAGUUCACUUGUCGCACGUGUCGUGAGAAACAUCACUCGUUACUGCACGAUCCUGCUCUAUCGAAGUCGCCGAGUUCCUCAGUGUCAUCAUCAACCUCAACUCAGCAACCGGCUCCAUCCACAAGUGUGGAAUCCCAGAGCUCCGCUCCUCCCCAAGUCAGCAUGGUAGCCCAAACUGCAUGCAACACGGUUUUGUUGGAAACGGUUGUCCUCAACGUGAUCGAUGACCACGGCAAUGAGCACCGGGCGAGGGCCUUGUUGGACUCGGCCUCCAUGUCCAACUUCAUUUCGAAGCCAUUAGCGAAGCUACUUUUCAACCCCCGGUCGAAGGUGGACAUAUCCAUAGCAGGUAUCGGUCUCUCCACGCAGAACGUGAAAAGUGCAAUAACCGCCACAGUCCAAUCGAGAACACAGGAGUUUUCGACGAAGUUGGAGUUUCUCAUCCUCAAGAAUCCUUCGGCACAGCUGCCGACCAUUCCGAUCAACAUCUCGUCGUGGAAUAUCCCGAAGGUUGCCCUAGCAGACCCCCAGUUCCACGUUCCAGGAAGGAUAGAUCUUGUCAUCGGAAGUGAAGCCUUCUGGGAGCUCCAUAGUGGUCGGAAGAUACCGUUAGGAGACGGACUUCCAUGGCUGACUGAAACGCCAUUCGGAUGGGCCGUCGCUGGGACCGCAUCAAGCCAAUACAACUGUAUCCCUCGGAUCUGUAACCUUUCUACGAAAGAUGAUCCCCUAGAAGCCACUCUCCAACGGUUCUGGGAAAUCGAGGACAUUUCCGACGGUCCUGCGCGGUUGGUGGAAGAGAACCGGUGUGAAGAGCACUACGCAACAACUACGACUCGUGAUCCAUCAGGGAGGUUUAUCGUCAGUCUUCCUCGAACCGACAAUCCAAUGGUUGUCCUAGGAAGCUCCAAGGAAAUCGCAGAUCGCCGUCUUCUGAGUGUCGAGCGGCGUCUCGAACGUGUUCCUGCUACCAAGGACGCGUACCACCGCUUCAUGGACGAAUACCUCCAGCUUGGACACAUGAAGAAGCUCGCAGAACCGGUAGAUGAUAGUCAACCCCAUUGCUACAUCCCACACCAUGCCGUCUUCAAAGAGUCUAGCACGACAACGAAGGUCAGAGUCGUUUUUGACGCUUCGUGCAAGACGUCGUCCGGAUAUUCGCUGAACGACACGCUUUUGGUCGGCCCAGUCGUACAGGAAGACCUGUACUCAAUUAUUCUGCGUUUCCGCAUUCGCCGCAUUGCUAUCGUCGCCGAUGUAGAGAAAAUGUAUCGGCAGAUGCUGCACUUCCCCGAGGAUCGCAGAUUUCUAAGAAUUCGUUUCCGUGAGAGCCCCAGCGAUCCAAUAUCCACCUACGAAUUGCAGACAGUGACCUACGGUACUGCCUCUGCCCCGUAUCUCGCCACGAAAACUCUGCAGCAGAUAGCUCAUGAUAAUGGACAUCUGUAUCCAGCUGCUGUAGACCCAGUGAUUCACGACUGCUACGUCGAUGACCUGCUGUCUGGAGCUGACGAUGUGGAAUCAGCCAUUCAAGUGCGGGAACAAGUGACGUUUAUGCUCAACACUGCUGGCUUCCCAAUCAAGAAGUGGGCGUCGAACGUUCCGGAAGUUCUCGCCGGUGUUCCAACGGAAGACCUGGCCCUACAACCACUGCACGAUCUCCAGGACGAGCAGGCCGUUUCCACUCUGGGUCUUGUGUGGGAACCGAGAACCGACACAUUACGGUUCAAGGUCCAACUGCCACCACCGGCUGCGGUACUAACAAAGCGGAAAGUGAUGUCAUACAUCGCCCAAAUCUUCGACCCACUCGGUCUCGUGGGUCCUACCAUCGUAGUUGCAAAACUCUUCAUGCAGCGUUUGUGGGCGCUGAAACACAACGGAGAAACUUGCGAAUGGGAUUCACCGCUUCCGAUCAAGCUUCAACAGGAAUGGAAGGAAUUCCACUCCACGCUACACAUGCUAGGCGAGGUUCGAGUUCCUCGAUUCGCAUCUCUUUCGAAUGUCAUCAACCUCCAGCUCCACUUCUUCUCCGAUGCCUCCAAGGGAGCGUAUGGCUCCUGCUGCUACGUACGAGCUGAAACAAGAGAUGGUGUGUCAGUGCAGCUGCUAACUGCGAAGUCAAAGGUAGCUCCACUAUCUAGCCGUCAUUCCAUCGCCCGGCUGGAACUAUGUGCAGCGCGACUGUCGACACAGCUGUUCCAGAAAGUGUUGGCCGCCCUGAAGAUACCAGCUCCAGCUUACUUCUGGACGGACUCCACUACGGUUCUCCACUGGUUACGGUCACCACCUAGCCGUUGGAAGGCAUUCGUAGCCAAUCGAGUGUCACAAAUCCAGCAUGCAGUCGCCGUGAGUCGCUGGAAACAUGUUCCUGGCAUCGACAACCCAGCAGACGAUAUCUCACGGGGAUUGAAUCCAAUCGACAUUCUGCAAUGCAAGCGUUGGUGGAACGGUCCUGACUGGUUGACACUCUCUCCGGCGAACUGGCCGAAUCUCCUUCCGACCGAUGAAAACGCCGAAGCUUCCACCGAAGAGAUGCGGAAGGUCUCGGUAGUUUCGAUGGGCGUCGUACAAAGCGGUUUCCACGACGAGCUGUUCGCCCGUUUCUCCAGCUUCUCUAAGCUUCGUCGUGUCCCUGCGUUCUGCUUGCGAUAUCGUCGAUCUUUGCAAGAACGCGCCACGUUACGCCGCACCGAUCCGGACAAGUUCAAUCAGCUCACCCUCAACGAUGGGAAAGUCGCUCCACUUACCUCCGUAGAACUACAAACCACGGAGGUGCACCUCUGUCGUCUCGCACAACGUCAGUCGUUCGCUGAAGAACUUUCGGAUCUGGCCAGCGGGGAAAGAGUCACCAAAUCGUCAGCGUUGAAAUGGCUGAAACCGUUCGUCGAUCAGAACGGCCUUAUUCGUGUCGGUGGCCGGCUGCGCAACGCCGCCCUCUCUGACUUUGUCAAGCACCCGAUCGUGCUUUCUGCCAAACAUCCGCUGUCGACUCUGCUGGCUAGUUUCUUUCACUUAAAGCUACUGCACGCAGGCCCUCAACUCCUGCUAGCCACGCUGCGCCAGAAAUAUUGGAUUCUCGGCGGCAGAAACUUAACAAAAUCCGUCUUUCACCAUUGCCACACUUGCUUUCGUAGCAAGCCCACACUAGUCCAGCAGAGCACAGCGGAUCUACCGGCAUCCCGAGUCUCACCAACUCGACCCUUCUCCGUCUGCGGCGUCGACUAUUGUGGAUCGUUUUUCAUCAAGCCAACCGUCCGCAAUCGUGCACCAACGAAGGCCUACGUCGCAGUUUUCGUCUGUUUUGCUACGAGGGCCGUUCACAUCGAACUGGUGAGCGACCUUACCACGGCUGCUUUUCUGGCAGCGCUUCGUCGUGUCGUCGCCCGCAGAGGAAGAAUCGCCGAGCUGCACUCGGACAAUGCGACUACGUUCAAAGGUGCGUCUCACGCACUCAACCGCGUCUACCAGAUGCUGAAGGUGGACAAUGACGACCGAGACAGGAUCUUUAACUGGUGCUCCGAGAAUGAGAUUCGGUGGAAAUUCAUCCCGCCGAGAGCGCCACACUUCGGAGGCCUGUGGGAGGCCGCCGUCAAGUCAGCGAAGAAGCACCUGCUCAAGAUUGUCGGCAACAGCAGCAUCGCCUACGAGCCGAUGGUAACUCUUUUGGCCCAGGUCGAGAUGUGCCUGAACUCCCGUCCGCUGACGCCGAUGCCGAGUGAGCCGUCGGAUCUGGAGGUCUUAACACCUGGACACUUUCUCGUCGGGUCUAACCUGCAAGCGGUACCCGAAGUUGACCUACGUGAAAUUCCCGACAACCGUCUGGAAUCGUACGAGCUUGUCCAGAAGCACCUGCAGAACAUCUGGGCUCGCUGGUACCCGGAAUAUCUUCAGCAGCUGCAGUCCCGAGCUACCAAGGGCUGCAAUCCUCCGGUCGCCGUUGAGGUUGACCGCAUCGUCGUCAUCAAGGAGGACAAUGUCCCUCCUGCCAGCUGGCCGCUCGGAAGAAUAACCAAGCUUCAUCCGGGCAAGGAUGGUGUCGUCCGAGUAGUGACACUGCGGACUGCACCGGGAAAGGACAUCGUUCGAGCGGUAGCGAAGAUCGCCCUUCUGCCGUCACCGGAUCCAAGUCUUUAAACCGUUCCAGGUAGAGCAACCCGCAAGGGAGAACUUGCUCGAAGCGCACCUGCGCUUAGCACAGGUAAUUGCGGUUCCAAUAACCCUAAGCUGAGUUGUUCGAUCUACCUGGUCUUUUCUUUUUGUUCCCGGUCUGUUCGAGGAUCUACGACGGAGCGAUCACCGGCACCAGUUCCGAUGUCCAGUCCAGCCCACAACAACCAACCAAACUGAAUUCGUCCAACGUGAAUUUUUGGAACACCUCCGUGUUCCAAGGUGGCCGGAAUGUUGGAGCCGGACCCAUCCAAUUCUGAAUUAGUUUAAGUUGAAUUUGAAUCUAACUGUUAUACGAAUCUAGAACCCUGUUAACUCGAUAACAUCUCUGAGA